AUUUUUAAGAACGUUUAGUUCCGACAGUUGUGUUAAGUCGGCUUAGAGAGAGAUUGCCCUAAUUUGUCUUCGAGCAGCGGGCGAUCUUCGAGCUUAGUUCCGAUGAAGACGGUGACGGGAAGAGUUACGAGGGAGAAACCGAUCGCUCUCUCAAAGGCGGCAACGCUUCUCUCAAGUUUCGUUUCCUCUGAGACAGAGGCCUCUCAAGACGUUGCCGCGUACCUCCGACGCGCCUCAGCUGCCUUCACUGAGCUAAAGAGCUUCCACAGGGAGAUUAGAUCUACCAAGGCAAAGGACGAGCACAAUCCGAGUGUCGAACUCGAGGAUAAGAAGAAGAGCAGAGAAGAAGAUGUUGCUGUGGUGAAGUUGGAAGAGGAGCAAGGGAAGAAAGAGAGAAAGAAGAAGAAAGGGGAAGAAGAUGUUGUUGACGAGAAGGUGGAUGUGAGGUUGGAAGAAGGGCAGAGGAACGAAGAGAGCAAGGAGAAGAAGCGCAAGAAGAACAGAGGUGAAGAAGAUGUUGUUGAGGAGAAUGUGAAUGAAGAGAGAAAGGAGAAGAAGAAGAAGAAGAAGAAGCGGAAGAGUGAUGAUGGAGAGAUUGGUUCUGAGGAGAGAAAGAGCAAGAAGAAGAGGAAAUCAAAGGAGAUUGAUGCUUGAACUUGCCUACUUUUUGGUGACAAUUUUGUAGUGAUUUUUCUUCAAAAGUUUCGGGUAAUGAUGUCCCUAAGAUUGAUAAAGAUUUGAUUUUGUGGAACUCUUUGUUAUAGUCUUUAGUUAUCUUCAAUGGAGUUAUUGCCCUCUGUACCGUUACUAUAUCUGGAAGAUUCUUGAUUGCAAAGUUGCAAGCUUUU